GUCAAUUCAAACAAAGAUAAAUACUGAUAAAGAAGUCGCAUUUUACAACUUUUUGUGGUGCAUUUUAUUUAAUUAAACAUGUAAAUUUCUGUAAUAACUUGCAGCUAAAAAGUAUCUUAGCUUAUUUUUCAAUAAUGAGCCUUUCAAGAAGUACUAUCACGUUUAUUUGCGUGUUAUUGUUAUUAUCAAUAAUUGUGGCUACUUUCUUGAAUUCAAUUGCGACUGACCACAAUUUCUACUUGGAUUCUAAGGCUCAAGAGGAAAACCACACAAGAUACUUAGGUAGGAAGUAUGGUCAGAUCACCGACGACCCUAAGAAUGUUGUGUGGUUUUUACAGAUUUCUGAUAUACAUUUAAGUAUAUUUCGAGAUCCAGGAAGAAUAUCGCAGUUCCAACAGUUUUGCGAUGUUACUGUAAAAAUAGUGAAACCCAUGCUGGUGUUAGCCUCUGGUGACCUGACAGACGCGAAGGCAAAAGACAACUUGGGCAGCUCUCAGGUGAAGAUGGAGUGGGUGUACUAUCAGAACAUUAUCAAAGAAUCUGGUGUCACCGACCACACCCUAUGGCUAGACAUCAGGGGAAAUCAUGAUAACUUCAAUAUCAAAACGAUUGAUGCCGAAGAAAACUUUUAUAGAAAUUUCUCAGUGCAAGGCACUCAACACCAAAGAUCCUACGUUAACAUUCAAGAGAAAAACGGAGUGCGGAUAGCAUUCCUUGGGGUUGAUGCUUGCCCGGAGCCAGGUAUAAGGAGACCAUUUAAUUUUAUAGGUAUAUUAGACGAAGGUGAGCAAGAAAAUUUGAGACGAUUGAAAUCUGAAGCCAUAGCCCAAGCCGACCAAAUUAUUUGGUUCGGCCACUAUCCCACUUCAUGUAUUCUGCCAUUAGUCAUAAACAAACAGAGGAUGAGUUUGAGAGACGAAAUCGGGGAUAAUGCGAAGACUUUAGCAUAUCUUUGCGGGCAUUUGCACUCCAUGGGUGGCUUCGUGCCUCGGAUGUACACGAAACAGAAAAGAGGUUACUUAGAGCUGGAGUUGGCGGACUGGAAAGACAGCAGAAUGAUGCGGUUGAUGGCCGUUGACCAUGGAUUGUUUUCUUUCGUUGAUCAGAAACACAAUACUUGGCCGCUUGUUUUGGUGACCAACCCAAAACAUGCACAGUACAUAAUGCCUGGUAGAGAACCGUUAGAAUUGAUUGAAGGUUCCACUCACAUACGAAUUUUAGCAUUUAGCAAUGUGGAUAUUGUUGAUGUGAAGAUAUCGUUUGAUAAGAACAAUUGGCAAGAAUGUUUGCGAAGAGAAGGGCCGCUGUAUGUUUGCGAAUGGUCACCGCACUUGUUUGCGGAGGGACUCCAUCGUUUGUUUGUGACCGUCACCGAUGAGAUGGACAAAGAAGUUACCAUAGACCAUUUGUUUUCUUUGGACGGCUCUGUUUUGGGUUUCGAAGUGAACCCUAGAAUUCUACUCAUGCUGGAUGCUACUACAAUUUUUCAGGGUAUAUUCGCCACAUUGUUACUGGCAACAAUACUGCCUUUGGUACUAUUGAGGUUCCAAAAACGACCACCAAAAUACCACAGAAGGUGCGGGAGCAAUGUCCUCAGAAGACUAUGGUUACUCAGCAAAAUAGACAGAAUAUACUAUCCCCUCAUACUCUACACCAUUUAUCUGCCGUUCGGGCCUUGGGCUAUUGGAGAGUUGAUCGAUGACCAUAUAGGAAUAGUAUUCGCUUGGGGUAUAGUCGUAAAAGGAACAUAUAUACCAGAAGCAUUCACAUAUAUGUACGGCAGUGUUCAACUAAUGUUUGUGCAAAUCCCGUUAUUCUUCGUGUUGGCUCACAGUUUGACGACUAAAUUGUUCUGUCAGAACAUCAAGGGGAUUCGACGGCUUUUCAGUAAUCUGCCGUUCAUUUUUUUGCUGUCCAUACAGCUGUUGUUGGCGUAUUUCUUCUGGUUGGAGUACGGGACCAUGGCCUUCGUGUUCGGCCCGCUGAGGACUUGGAGCAUACCGUUAAAUAUAAUAUUGUGGUAUAAAACGUGGAAUCUGCCGCUGGAUCAUUGUAGGAAGCUGAGAAGUCUGAACGACUUAUAAAGAAGGAGGGUUUGAACAAUCAUGAACGGUGAGACUUAGUAGAAUUUAGGUGUAAAAGAUGAAAUAUUUUUUACGAUUCGGCAAAAAUUCCGAGAUUUGAAUGUAGCUUAAACAUGUCAAUACGCUUUCUUGCGGCUGUUUUAAACGUACGAGUAUUUGUUUGCGCCAAAGAUUAGUAUGCACAUUCCAGUUUGUGAUAGUGAUUGCAUGCAUUGUGGAUGUUUAAUUAUAAUCAGAAAAUAGCGUAGUGUUUUUCAAUUCAGGUUGAUUUUAAGUUCUUUACCUGUACAAAGUGGAAAGAAAAGGUUUUACAAUAACAAUAAUUGUUUUUCUGAUAAAUUAAAAAUUCACAGUGUAUAUCUGUAAGUAUUACUUGCGUGGACGUUUAUAUUUGUCAAAAAAAUAUUUAAGUCAUGACUUUUAGUUUUAAAAACGACAACGAAAACUACAACUUUAAUUAGAAGUAUAUGUUUUAUUUUAUUAAAAAAAUAUGAUUUUCCGAAAUGAUGUAAUUGCAUAGUUCAAUUGUUUUGCAAAUUGAAAUCGAAUAGAGGCUUUUUGAAAUUAUUAGUGAAGCGGUUAGUAUAUAGUAAUAGUAUCGAUAGUACUUAUCGAUGUUUCCACUAUUGUCACACCACCGAUCGAUAGUAUUUCGGCAUCAAUCAAUAUGUAUACCACAGGUAUUGUGCGGUACACAAGUCUGACCUUAUUUACAACUUACUAACAGAGCCAGAUUCCAUACUUAUCACAAUAUCUAUGACUUCUUUGGGUCUUUUAGCUAUGAAGACUUUUCUUUGAACCAACUGCGCGAUCUUACUUAACAAUUUUUCGCCAUAACUUUAAAUUGUCCUACUUACCUAUGACAUUUGGUGCUUUUCAAUACAAUAAUAGUAAAAAAAUAUAACAGUAAACCUUAUAAAUCGUAUGUAUAGAUUACAAAAUACUUAAAAGACACUAAUAAUAAGAGCUUAAUGUGGCCCAUUAAGUGAAGUCAAUAGAUGUUUUAGAAACAUAGAUUUAACACGUAAUUAUAAAGUAAUUUUUAAAAUAAAAAAUUUUUAAUUUAUAUUGCACUGACUGCGUGCUAUAUUUAUACUCAUUUCAUUUUAUUGAUUUCAAAAAGUAAAGAAUUUUAGAAUUAUCGAAUAAAAAGACAUUUGGCUAAAAUUAUUUUUAAUGUGUCAAGUAUUAUUUGUUAUUAAAUUUUUGAAUCAUUUAUUAUAUUAUACUCCUAAGUUCUGUAUGCUUUUGGCCACCAUUCCGUAUGCACAAAACAUAUAUAUAUAAAUAAGUUUUAUUAAAAUAUUUUAUUUGAAAACAAAAUAACUUUUGACCUGUUUUAUCUUUCUCGCUACUUAUGGCAUAGAUAUAACCAAUCCUCUUAUUUAAUACUUAUAACAAUCUUAUCUAAUUCUAUAAUUAUCAUUAAAUAAAUUCAUUAAAAAGUACAAGCCUUGAAUGACUUGCAACCACCUAGCAAUUUAGAUAACUUUAUUUGAACGCAAUACAUGAUGGUCAUUCUAAAAGUAGUACGUUGACCUACAUAAGUAUGUUUAAUAUGUUAUUUAUUCCCGAAAAAUGUUCAGUACAAGUUGACAUGUAAUUAAAAGUUGUCAAAAACACGCUAGGUGCGUUUUUUUCGGCUCUGACAGUUGCUACGAUUCGUAUUUACAACGACGUCGAUGUAUUUAUAUCAUUGUAUUAUUAGUUUUUACAUAAUAAAUUAUGUGUUUCUUUUUAAAUAUAGACAGCUAAAUACUUAACACAAAUUGAUGUAAUAUUUGUUGUGAUAAAUUAAUUUUGUGACUAAAAUUGAUCGUUAAACGAACAUAUAAAAAAAGUGUAAUUACUACCAUAUUUUUGUUGAUUUAUGUUUUUAUUUAUAACGAUAGAACAUCGAGAAUAUUGAUUUUAUAAUAAUAGUCAUUAGUUUCUAGUCUACCUUUUUUUUACAAAGCUUAAUGUAAAAACAUUUAUUAUUAUACAUAUGAAUGGCACGCUUAUUUAAAAAUGAGUUGUCACCACGCCAAUUCAUCAUAUUUUGUACAGUCAACAAAAGUUAUUCUAAACUAUUUAAGAUUAUUUUUCACAAAAAAUACAUAUUUUUAUACGUUUAUUAAAAGGUUGUUUACAUUUUUUUUGAGUUGUAAUAAAUAUUUGUUUACAGAAUAGCUUUGUUGACUGUACUAACCUGUAUAUUUGUAUUUAUUCUAAUAAAUUGACAUUAUUUUA